UGCUUGUUUUGUUUUGUCACUCCCAUUGGGCAUUGCUCACCGCUCACGCCCGCCCGCUCGUCGAACUCCCGAAUCUGAGCCGUCGUCGGAGUUGUAAGGACAGCUCUGGGUUUGCGGGCGUGAGGAACACAUACUUGAGCAACCUCGCCGUCGCGGACACUCUAUCGCGUGCAUCUGGGAUUUCGGCCCACACUUAGCCCGCAACAGCCUCGACUCGUGCGAAGACAGUGCUCGAACCAGCCGGGACUCUGGCCAAGACAAGCCGGGACGUCGCCGUCGUCGAAGACGGCGUCUUCGCUACUCGCUGGAAUCGCGUCACUCCUGCAAGAGUUCGGCCACGCCUGUGCGGUUUUCGUGACAGCGAGAAUCAUGCGGAGGCGUCCGACUAGAGAGACAAAACCUGAGUGACAAGGUUAAAGGCAAAGAAAUCGAGAAGAAAAUCGCUGCUGCUGCUGUAGAAGGGACAGGAGCCAACAGCCAUGAACAAGGGAGUGUUUAUGGUGCUGUUUGCUGCGACACUGACGCCGCUGCUAAACCGGGUGGCAUGCCAGCCCCAAUGUGACAUGAACGAUUGCGCCGAUCAGUGCGGGUCACUCGGGGCUCUGCGGUGGUGUUGCGAAGAGGAAGGGUGUCUCUGCACGUUCCCACUGAAAGAUGCCAAGACUAUGUGCAAAGGCGGUGGCGAAAAUGGUGGUGGCAGUGACAGCGGCAGCGGUGGCGGCGGCGGUGGCGGCAGCGGUGGUGGCAGCGGUGGUGGCAGCGGUGGUGGCAGCGGUGAUGGUGGCGCUGGGGAUGGCGGUGGUGAUGGCGGCACGGGCUACGGGGACAAUGGUGGCGGCGGAGAUGGAGGAAGCAACCGUGACAAGCAGAAGGACAAGGAUCGUGACAACGAUGACGACUACGAUUACGACAACGUUGGUGGCGGUAAGAAAAGCAAAGGCACUACCAAGAGCCCAGCGGACAGCGGAAAGAAAAGCAAGCCGCCAGACCAGGGUGGCAAGCCUCCCGGUGGUGAUGGUCCGGACACCAUCAAGGAAGGUGGGAGUGGCGAUAAGGCGGAACAGCCGCCAGGCGGUGCGCAGUCUAGUAAGGGCACCAAGAAGCCAACCACGAGUGCGGAAGACCACGGCCAGAAAGAUUACGGACAGAAGGACUACGGAGCCAAGGCCAGAGGUGCCGUCGAUGAGCUCAUGCCCCGAAGGGCACUGGAGCCGGACGGGGGUGCCGGUAGCCAACGUAAGGGCGGGAAAAUGCACAUGCCGUUCAUUGUCAGAAGCUUGCACAAGCCACUGUCCCCCAAGCAGGUGAUGCAGCAGCUCAACCGACAGAAGGGGGACAUUCCCAUGAAGGAGAUCCAAGAUUUCUUGAAGAAAGGGGGGCGUUAAUAAACACGCUCAUAGGGGAA